AGAUAUUCCACAUGACAUAUGACCUGGCCAGUGCAGUGGUGAGAAUCUUCAACCUGAUUGGUAUGAUGCUGCUCUUGUGUCACUGGGAUGGCUGUCUUCAGUUCCUGGUUCCCCUGCUGCAGGACUUCCCUCCAGAUUGCUGGGUUUCUCUCAAUGAAAUGGUGAAUGAUUCUUGGGGGAAGCAGUAUUCCUACGCACUCUUCAAAGCCAUGAGUCACAUGCUGUGCAUCGGCUAUGGCGCCCAAGCCCCUGUCAGCAUGUCUGACCUCUGGAUCACCAUGCUAAGCAUGAUUGUGGGGGCCACCUGCUAUGCAAUGUUUGUUGGCCAUGCCACAGCUUUGAUCCAGUCUUUGGAUUCUUCAAGGAGGCAGUAUCAAGAAAAGUAUAAACAAGUGGAACAAUACAUGUCAUUCCACAAGCUACCAGCUGAUAUGCGCCAGAAGAUUCAUGAUUACUAUGAGCACCGGUACCAAGGCAAGAUCUUCGAUGAAGAAAAUAUUCUGAAUGAACUUAAUGAUCCUCUGAGAGAGGAAAUAGUCAACUUCAACUGCCGGAAACUGGUGGCUACGAUGCCUCUUUUUGCUAAUGCGGACCCUAAUUUUGUGACGGCCAUGCUGAGCAAGCUGAGGUUUGAGGUGUUCCAGCCUGGAGACUACAUCAUUCGAGAAGGAGCUGUGGGGAAGAAAAUGUACUUCAUCCAGCACGGUGUUGCUGGGGUCAUCACCAAGUCCAGCAAGGAAAUGAAGUUGACCGACGGCUCUUACUUUGGAGAGAUUUGCCUACUGACUAAGGGCCGGCGCACUGCCAGUGUUCGAGCUGAUACAUACUGUCGUCUUUACUCCCUUUCGGUGGACAAUUUUAAUGAGGUCUUGGAGGAAUAUCCAAUGAUGAGACGAGCCUUCGAGACGGUUGCUAUUGACCGACUAGAUCGGAUAGGCAAGAAAAACUCCCUUCUCCUGCAGAAGUUCCAGAAGGAUCUGAACACUGGUGUUUUCAACAACCAGGAGAAUGAGAUCCUGAAGCAGAUUGUGAAACACGACAGAGAGAUGGUACAAGCUAUCCCUCCGAUCAACUACCCUCAAAUGACAGCCCUGAAUUGCACAUCUUCAACCACAACCCCAACCUCCCGCAUGAGGACACAAUCUCCACCAGUCUACACUGCGACCAGCCUAUCUCACAGCAACCUACAUUCGCCCAGCCCCAGCACACAGACACCCCAACCCUCAGCCAUCCUUUCACCCUGCUCCUAUACCACGGCAGUCUGCAGUCCUCCUGUACAGAGCCCCCUGACCACGCGAACUUUCCAUUACGCCUCUCCCACUGCUUCCCAGUUGUCACUCAUGCAACACCCACAGCAGCAGCUACAACAGCAGACUCAGCCGCAGCCGCAGCCACAGCCGCAGCAGCAGCCGCAGCCGCAGCCGCAGCCACAGACACCUAGUAGUUCCACACCGAAAAAUGAGGUGCACAAGAGCACGCAAGCGCUUCACAACACCAACCUGACCAGAGAAGUCAGGCCCCUCUCGGCCUCGCAGCCGUCCCUUCCCCACGAGGUUUCCACUAUGAUCUCCAGACCUCAUCCCACUGUGGGCGAGUCCCUGGCCUCCAUCCCUCAGCCAGUGGCAGCAGUCCACAGCACGGGCCUUCAGGCAGGGGCUAGGAGCACAGUGCCGCAACGUGUCACCUUGUUCCGACAGAUGUCCUCGGGAGCCAUCCCCCCAAACCGAGGAGUUCCUCCUGCACCCCCACCACCAGCAGCUGUUCAGAGAGAGUCUCCGUCAGUCUUAAACACAGACCUAGAGGCAGAAAAGCCACGUUUUGCUUCGAAUUUAUGAUUCUUGCUGAUUGUCAAAGCAGAAAAGAAAUACUCUUAAUAAACAGAAUAUUCUCAGAUAUUAUUUUAUUCUAUCUCAUGAUAGAUCCCUAUAGCCUAUUCUGAAAAGAUAUUUUAGACAGCUCCUGCCUACAUGCAAAUGUAAAAACAUAUAUACAUAUACAAUUUAAUAUACACACACAUAUAUAUCUAAAUACCCAAGAAAUCAUUCAAAAGACUUGUAU